AUGGAGAUCGUCGAACAACCACUGUUCACCAAGCGAAAGCUGCGAGUCGUAGCCAUUGGAGCGGGCUUUUCAAAUCUGACACUGGCGUACAAGCACAAACAUACCGGAGACCACAGUUACAUCGACCUGCAGAUCUACGAGAAGAAUCCGGAGAUUGGUGGAACUUGGUACGAGAACCGAUAUCCCGGAGCGGCAUGCGAUGUUCCGGCACACGUCUACUGCUUUCCCUUCGCAUCCAAUCCGAAUUGGUCGUCGUUCUACGUCUCCGGUGGAGAGAUCUUCGAGUACAUCAAGAAGACGGCGGAUGACUUUGGACUGAGGGAAUGCAUUCGUCUCAACUCCAGGGUGAUUGCCGCGGUAUGGUCAGACGAGAGAGGCAAAUGGGAUAUCACAAUCGAGACCUCAUCAGGCGAGACGAUUCAAGAUGAAGCCGACAUCCUUGUCAACGGCUCCGGGUUCCUCAACAGCUGGAAAUGGCCCGACAUACCCGGAAUCAAAGACUACAAAGGCGAAUUGAUCCACAGCGCCAACUGGCGAGACGUCGAUCUAUCAGGGAAAAAGGUCGGACUGAUCGGCAACGGUUCCACGGGAGUACAGAUACUGCCACAAAUCCAACAGAAAGCCGCGAGCGUACACUCCUACAUGCGAACACCCACAUGGAUCAUUCCCAAUUUCCUGGGUGACCACACGCCAGAAGGGAAAAAUUUCGCCUAUACCGAGCAGCAGAAACAGCGGUGGCGUGCUCAUCCGGAGGAACUGGAGGAAGUGCGUCGAACUCUCGAACAUGCUUUCAAUCAGUCGUACCCCUUGUUUUUGAAGGACUCACCACAGCAAAUCGGCGGGAGAGAAUGGUUUGCUGGGAUGAUGAAAGAAAGGUUGGGAGGAGACGAAGAGCUGAUCAAGCGGUUGGUGCCGGACUACGAGGUCGGAUGUAGGAGGAUCACGCCGGGCGAAGGCUACCUCGAAGCCCUCCAGUCCGACAACGUACACAAGCACUUCGAGCCGAUCGUCCGCUUCACCGAGUCAGGCAUCAUCUCGCAACCCGCACCAGACUCCGAACCUCAGACAACAGAACUCGACGUCGUGAUCUGUGCGACUGGCUUCGACGUGAGUUUCAAACCCGCCUGGACGAUGAAAGGACUGCACGGCGCAGACCUCAAGGAGAUCUGGAAAGACGACUCGGAAGCAUUCCUUGGAAUCUUCGCACCCGAGAUGCCGAAUUACUUCACAGCGACAGGACCCAAUACACCGACUGGGGUUGGGAGCAUCUUCGGUAUGAUCGAUGCAACCGCUGAAUACAUUUUGAAAUGGUGCUCCAAAAUCGCCGGCGAGGGUAUCAAGAGUGUCACCGUCAAGCCUGACGUCCUGCGCGAAUUCAACGACUACUCGCAAGCCUUCCUUCAGCGGACAGUAUGGUCCGGCGGCUGCAAGUCGUGGUAUCGGAAUGCAGCAGCGGGCGACAAGGUCCGGGCCAUGUAUCCUGGAAGUCUCAUCCACUUCCGACAGAUGCUGGACGCAUUUCGGACGGAGGAUUUUGAUAUCGUGCCGUGGAAUCCGAAGAAUAGAUUUACGUUUAUGGGGAAUGGGUUCACUGAGCUGGAAGCCAAGGGUGGGAAUCUGGCCUACUACCUUGAUGGGUAG